AUGCUGCCAGCACCGCCGGACACGACGGAUCCCGCGCACCCGCCGACCUGUGGCCUGCUGCCGACCAAAAGCGUAGGCCUUGCCCAGUCCAACUGCCCUGCAUCCCAACUCCAUGUUGACUCAGUGUCCACAGCCCCUGCGCGGACAAAGAAGCACGUUCGUGUGGCAUCCCCUCCGCCCUCUCCGCCGGAACCGUCCAGCCCGGAAAUAGACAGCAACCUCGCAAGACGUCUGGCCGCCACUCACCAUGCUGCUUCUCCUCCCCCGUCCACGGACACUGCCGGCGACCCUGACGCCAUUGCACAUGAGCUGUCCGACGACAGUACCGUCGACCAAAACUCCCCGGAUGACGAUGCGCCGCUGAAGCCUGCCGCUUCCGGGCAGCUGUCCAGCCGCGACACGCCACCGCGCUCCUCGGGCAUACCCAAUCCCUUUGAGCGGACGCUGGCGAACAUUGAGCCUUCCACACGCCAGAAGGACGUCGAGUCGGAAACGACCAUUGCGGGUGGAGAAAAGACGGUGGAUCGGCCGGCCGGCCACAGGAUGAAGGGAUCCAUGGAUGUGGACUCGUUCAAGAAGCUGCUCAUGACCGGCAGCGCUGACAUAACUCCUUCUGGCGCAUCUACAACCGCGGAAGCACAGCCAAGAGCAAACGCCCACGUAGGUGGUGAUACCAGCAGUGGGACUGAUGCCUCCUCCGCCUCCAGGAACUCCAUGUAUGACUCGGUCCUUAGAGCCCACGAUGACUCGCCCCGGAGUUCUUACGAGCGGACCUCGUUUGAUGGCGGCAACCAAGACGACCAGUCGACGCCCGUCGGCACAGAGCAAACGCGGGCGAAGCCGAAGCCGCCUCCUCCGAAGCAUAGACACGGCAAAUCCAUAACACGAGCACCACAGACCGUAUCUUUCUCUGACUUUUCUCCAUCACUCGCAUCUCCAACCACAAAGCCCGAUACCCCAAAGCGAACAUCAUCAAAUGGACAGAAGCCGCUCCCUCCGCGGCCCCGCAUCCCUUCAGGGCAGAAACAAAAGGACCUCCCUUCACCAUCACUACCACCACCGGAGCUUGUACCCGCCAAGGAUGCCGCUGAGUCACCGAUAUUCUCGGAUGAGGUGGCGGAGAAUUCUCCGCCUGUCAAGACCCCGGAGCCUCCUGCGCCGCAGCGGCGCAAACCCCCAACCCCGCCUCUGGCCCGGCGGCAGAGCCAGCUGAAGUCUUCCGGUAGCCUUUCGCGUAGCAACUCGGCGGCAAAAAGGCCAUCCCAACCGGAAACGCCCCUUUCAUCUACAGAGCAGGUUCCCGCGGCGUCAGCCACAUCCUCCACCUCGUUCAACAAGCCGCCGCCGCCGCCACCUACCCGCCGCUCCGGCGCUACUUCUUCAUCCACUACGGACCCCAAUGUUAACGCGGCGAGCCGAUCCUCGUCCCGCCGCUCCACUGCCAGCUCCAUGCACAAUCCUUCCCUAAGCAUCCGCACCAAUCGUCUAUCGGGCUCUGCGCUCGACGUGACCAGUCCGGCUGUUGGCGGUCCUCCCCCUCCGCCUCCCCGCCGUGGGAGCAGCAAGAGCAGUUUCGAGAUGCAGCGCCCCAGCGCCAGUGUGCUGGCAGCCGCCGCGGGCGACAAUCGGCGGUCGAGCGGCGACUUCAAGAGCAGGAGCCGGACGGCCAGUGGCGCAAGUGAGAGGGUGUUCGGCGAGCACGCUAGCGUGAAGGAGGAGGAUUUGACGAAUCCACAUGGUGGUGCGAUUGGCGUCACGGCUGCGAGCGCUGCUGCGGGCGGGGUGGAUGUGUUGAGUGAGCUGGACAAGCUGCAGCAGGAGAUUGAGGCCUUGAGGCAAAAGUCUGCCACGAAGGCGUAG